AUGAAAGGAGGGAGACAUUUCAACACGCACAGAAAUUUUAUGCAGAACUCCCCUUCUUUUUCGCAUCCAAUGUCAUCGCCGCCGAUGCCGAACGAACAUGCGGAGGAACCGAUGCAGGGCGCCUACUACAGCCCGUCUACACAUCAAGGUAGUCUUGGAACUCCCAAUCUUGGUUACCGCCUGGGGUUUCGAAGCAGCCAAAAUGGCUCGUACGGUUCACGCCGCUCGAAACAAUCUACACCAGGCAGCUUUCACUUUAUUGGGCCACCGCGAGAAACUGCGAAUGUGAUUCUGGUUGCAACUCGACCGUUGUUGAAGGCAUUAGCGCGGGAAUGCCGACCGUGGCCGCCGUGGUGUGUUGGUUUUGCCGUGCCUGAGGAAGCCACCGAAGAACUACGCCUUUUUGCGUCAUUUCUUCGUGCCACGCCAGAGGAAUUACAAUGCAGUGAUUCCUCACUGCGUCUUGCAAAAGAAGUCAUGCAGGCGGUGUGGCCCGAUGUAGUGAUGAAGCCCAUGUCAACAACGGCUGCCGGACUAUCGCCACUAAAAGAAGUCACGCUCCAUUAUUAUGCGGAGAAUUCCCCAGUCGAACCGGAGGAAUUAUGGCGCGUCCAAAAGGAAAUUCAAGAUGUUGCCAACAGUCUUGGUGCACGCGUGGAGUUCAAUACAGAUUACAGGGAAGUGCCAUGUGUUGUGUUGACAGACACCAGAUCUGGAAGGAGGCUUACAAUACGCUAUGGGCCUCAAGCAUCACAAGCAGAGCGUGCAUCGAAUAUAUUUCGAACAAUAAUAGCGUCAAACGAGGACUAUCACGCGACACUUACACUACUGGAUGCUCUUCUUCGCCAGAACAAAAUUAUGGACGAUACCGGCACCGACAAGGAUGCCCUGAACGGCGAGGCUCUUGCUACCAUGUUUGUUUCCAUCAUCAACUCGUACAGUUUCUGCGACGUUCCAGAUGCGAAUCGCCUUAUGAUGGAUUUCUUUUUGACGUAUGGCUUUGCUGCAAACUUUGACCUUGUAAACCAUUCCGUCACAGUGAAUGGGAUGUCGAGCCCAACGCCCAAAGUCCACCGCAACUCACAGAUCAGUGUUCUUGACCCCUCUGACGAAAACAAAAACCUAACGCCCUUGAUGGAAAAGGCAGCGCACCUACAAGCCGUAUUCAACUACUGCUAUACAGCGCUCUCACAAUUCAACCAGGUGUCUCAACGGCAGCGUCGUGCCCAGUCUACACUCUCUACCAUCAUAGGUGGGGAAGCAUACUGGGGACGUGUGCUGCAGCUGUACCACGAGGAGAUACCACCUUACGUGGAUGUUGUCAAGAUGAAAAAGCAUAUUUUAUUGCAGUCCCUGUAG